AUGCAGGGGCUCUUGCGCCGCCGAUGGCUCCCUCCCUUGUCCGCCGCGUGGCUCGCCCUCUUGGCCCUCCGGCUGGCUGCGAGCGACCAGGCCGCGGACGUGGGGCUUUGGAAUGGAGCACGGAAGGGAUCCCUUCCUGAGGUCAAGAAAUAUCUGAGCCAAGACGCGGACCCCAAUUUCUAUUGGACGGACAGUGGUGACGCCGACUGUGAUUCCAGUGACGAAAUCUGUGGAACGUCGGUUCUGGCCGCUGUUUUUGGCAACAAGGCUGUGGUGCUUCAGAGCCUGGUCGACGCUGGCGCCGAUGUCAAUUUCUUGAACGGCACAAUGGCAGAAGGAUUCUGUGAAAUCGACUCCUUCGAUUACGGCACUGUGGCACCCCUGUACGUUGCCGCAAUAAAAAAUAACUCCUUUGCCGUGGAAGUGCUUCUGGAGGCAGAUGCGCAACCCGACAUUCCCUGCGGUGGUGGCGUGUUCUCACCCCUGGUCAUAGCUGCCUCUCGAGGGACCAAGGCCGUGCUCGACCUGCUGCUGGCCGCCCAGCCUGAUGUUGAUACUGUGGAUGAAGGCGGCGCUGGAGACACAGCCCUCCACGGGGCCUUGAAGCGAGUAGCGGUGUUCGAGGAGCAAAACGAGUUUGUCGAGGCCCUGCUGGCGGCCAACGCCUGCGCCAACAUUCCAAACUUGUUGCACGGGGACACUGCUGUGCACACGGCGGCAAGGAGUGGGAACCUUCGCGCGGUAGAACUACUAAUGGGGGCUGAGGGGGAUCCCAUGCAGCGAAACAAUGCAGGUUUGACUCCAGGGGAUGUCGUUUGCAUUUCUAUCAAGACUGGUGAAGUGGUGGAGGGGUGCGACGGCGACAAAGUCAAGGCGCUUCUGGAAUCUCAGAUGGGCGAACAAGCAGACCCCCCUGCAAUGGUGGACUGUGAGAAUCCCAGAGAUGCCGAAGAUAAGCUACGAUGUGCCCUUCAAGGUGGCGCGGAUGGCACAACGCAGGGGUGA